GGUUAGCCAAGAACUCUGUAAUCCCUCCUCUCCUUUUCUUUAGGAAACAGCUGGAAUGAAGAGCUUAGGGGAGGAGUCACCUUCAGGGUGGAGAGAGAAGAAAGAUAGGAGGAAUUUACCUGUCUAGGGAAGUCAGUGGGAGGUCAAGAACAGAACAGAGGAGGUAGUAUAGCCUGUUUGAUGUGUUGGUGCAGAGCAGAGUACGUGGAAUUGUUUUCAUUUCCUAGCGAAGUACAGUUAUCUUGUAUUGAGUCAUCCCACACUGAAUGGUCCUACAGUGAGUUGGCCAGGGCAAAUUGGCCAGAGCAAGUCAACUGUGAAGAGUCAGCUGUGGCAAAUCGACUGCAACAGGUCAGCUGUGGAGAGUCGGCCAGGAGCUCUUGAAUUAUACGGAUUGCUCUCUUAUCUAACUUGAUAUGCCUAAAAAAGAUUUAUGGGUAGGAAUAGCUGAACCAGAUCCCACACCAACUGUUGACAGUGCAAGCAGCUGUGACAGUGUUAUCAGCAACAACUCCAGUUCUUUGGAAAUGAGUAACAGUGGCUUUGAUUAUCUAACAGUUGAAGAAAAAGAAUGCCUUAUGUUUCUUGAGGAAACCUUGCAUUCUUUAGAUGCUGAAGCAGACAAUGGACUUUCUCCUGAUGAUGCAGAAGCUGUUGAACCUUCUAAACUUCCAAGGACAUGGCCUACAAGAGAUGUCCCCAAAGAACUGGAUACUGACUGUCUUGGAAAACAUAAACAAAUUGAUCCAAAAGGCAACACCUCUCUUUCUGGUUCAAUACCUGCUGCCAUCUUAAGUCCAGGCCACCACAGCCUUCCAAAAGAUAUCAUGGCAAAAAGUACUGUUCAGACUUGCAAGAUUUUUGUUGCUGAAGCAUCAGAAACUAAUGCUGAUGAACUAAAAACUCUUCCUCCAUUACAUCCAACUUUAUGGGACUCUUCUAAGCAUGGGACUUUGGACGUACUGAAAGAAGUGCCUGAGAUAGGUACUCAGGGAAGAAUCUCUGAGUUGGAAUCAGUAGUAAUUCCACCUCCUGAACCAUUCCAAGACCAGAGGAAGAGCCAUAUCGUAAUGCAGCAUGAAUCAAUACUUACUGAUUCUUGGAAACAUGCUGAAAAUGGGGCAACAUCUCAUUAUGAAAGUAAGAGGAACCAAGGUGUAACGGAAGAAUAUGAAGCAAGAGCUGUCCAGCAAGAAUUUCCACCAGAGAUGAUGGAGACAGCAGCUGGAAAUAAAUACUUUCUGAAAUCUGUCUCUCCUAAAUGUAACAAGAAAAGUUCUGAGCAAAUUGUUAAUCAUCAAGAAAUUGAUCAUAAACAUAUACUGGAAGAAUCUCAGUUGGAUUCUAGUUUCAAGCAAGGCCCUCCUACUGCCCCGAAACCUAGAAAAUUGCCCCCAAAUAUUAUUCUCAAAACCAGCAAAAGUAAUGUUGCAUCACUUAAUAUAGAUCCAACACAUAAGAUAAAAGUAUCAUUGCCAUUCAGUGGGAGGCCUAGAGCUGCAACUGGUGACUUUUCCAUGGAUAAAACCUAUGCCCUCCAAAAAGAACAAGGGAGGGCAAGGAGGGAGGCUCUUGAGAAACUGGGACUCCCUUUGGAUAAUGAAAAGAAUCCAGAUGACCAAGUGAUCAAAACUUCUAUUUACUCAAAAGCAAGAGAAAUGCCCUACACUGGCAGUAGGGAGAAUGUAAACAUGGAUGACAUUACUCUUCAUAAGAAAUCUGUCCAGCAGUCUGACCAAACUGAUGUCAAAGAAGUCCAACCAACUGAGAUUAGCAUCUCAAGGAUCAAACAGGCAAAUUUCAAAUCUAACACACUGGAACGAUCUGGUGUAGGUCUGAGUAGUUGCAUCACUUCUGAAAGCGAGGGAGAGAACUUUAAGAAUAAAAGAUCUUUUCUCAGCAAGAUCACUCCAAAUUUUCUCAGGAAUAACCGGAUGCGCCCAGCAUCUCUUGGCACAGGGAAAGACUUUGUUGAUCUGAAGGAAAACAAACAACAUAAUGUUGAGUGGGACAAAAGUCAUGACCGACGAUCUUACCCACUUCAGCACCCCUCCAAGCUUCCUAGGCCAGCAUGUGUUAGUGUAAAAAUCACCCCUAAAGGGGCCACAGAAGAGAACAGAAAGGAAGCUUUAAAGAAGCUUGGCCUAUUGAAGGAGUAAACUUAAUAGCUGACUCAACGCAAAAAUUGUAUGUUCAGUUUUGGUUAAUAUACUUAUUUAAUAUAUUCUUCUAUAUUUUUUCAUCCAAAUGGAGAAAUCGAAGGUUACAUUAUACCUUUCAAGAUUGUGUAUAGCAUGUGAGCAUUGAGGGGUAGAUUAACAUUGAUUUUAAAAAAUCAUUCAAUUAAUUCUGCCAUUUAUUAUACAGUACACUUCCCAUCAACAAAGAAAUUUUCCAAUCCACCUGUAUAGGAUGCCUUUGUGUAUAUAUGUGCAAAGAUUUGACUAUUGUGAUAUGUAAAUAUAUGAUUGUAUGUGAUAGAUAUGUUUAGUCAAAGGGGGAAAUCUAAAAUGUUAGUGUUAAUUGCAUGGGGCAAACCAUGAACUUUUGAAAUAUUGUACAGACUUAUAUCAUGACAAUAACAGUAUGGAUAGAAAUCUUUAGUCAAUAUUGAGCUGCAAUAGUAGUAUGUUGGUUUCUUUUUAAAUGACUGGGCCUAAUGUAACCUUGCUCACUGAAACCAGCAGUACUUAUUUGGCUCGUAUAUGUAGAUCAUUCAGUGUCUAUUUAAUGAAUGAAUAAAGAAUACAUUGCAUAUAAAUGUGAAAAAUGAAGAAAUUGACAAUUCAUUUGUAAAUUGGCUUCACAUUCUAAAUUAAAAAUUAAUAACACAUAGAUGCUAGAAAUAAAGUUGAUUUAGUUUGCCACACCUAUUUUAUGUGAAUUGAUUAUCACUGUAUUCAAAUUUAAAAUCACACAGCUAUUUAGAAUGGAAUGUAUGAGUGCACGCUUCUAAAAGAUUGAGUAAUAAACUUUUGUAUGGAAAAAGGUUGGGCUUCUAACUAGUAAAGCUAUCUUCUUGUAAAAAUGAAAUACAAAUAUAUCAGGGGUUAUAGACUACAAAAAUCUCAGUAAUAUAAAGCUUUGUAGCUUAGUCCUUCCUUUUCCUAUGAAAACAGUGGCAGGUAUAUUAAAAGACUGGGAUUAAAUAUUAGGUAUUGUGCAACUGAACUGCAGAACAAAACCUCAUUCAAGAACAACAGCAGUACCACAACUCUGAAAUCUAAGAUUUUGAUAUAGAGUAGAAGCAAAAUCAUAAGCCUGUGAUAUGUGUUCUUCAAAUCUUUCUUUUAAAAAAAUUGUGAUUUUUAUGAAUUUCCAAACAUUUUAAAAUGUGUCUUGACAGUGUGUGUUAUUUGGGUGGGCGCCCCUUCCACUCGCACAAAUGAAGCUUUGUGCGCAUGCUCAUUCCUUUCAGUUUCAAAUAGGCCACGGCCCGAUAUUGGGCCUUGGCUUGGGGCUUGGGGACCACCGCCUUAGGAUAUGGCCAUAAAGUUUAUAUUUUUUCCAGUAAUUCUCCCUCCUCAGUUAUGUAUAUAGAUGGAUACAUUCCCUUUGAAGGAACAAUGACAAUGAUUAUCUGAUAAUUAUAUCAAUUAAAUUAAGACUAUUAGAUUUAUGAUAUUCUGAAGGAAUUUUUAAGCUAUUCCAGCAAUUUAUUUGUACAAUACUAUAUGCUGUUGAUCAAGAUCCCUACAGCAAAUGUAAUAAUGUAAAUUAAUAAGAGAGGAAAUUGUAAGGUAUUUUUCAAUAGGUAGGGGACAACAUUACUAUGGUGAAAACUCAAUGGACUAAUUUUAAGGAGAGAUUUGCAUUAUUUCCAAAAUAUAAUACAUGGAAGAUUACAUCAUUGAAACAAUCUCAUCAUUCAUAUCAUGAAAUCUUUAUAGAAAUGACAAAUUAUAAAUGAAUUUGUUCAGUUGCAUACAAAUUGAGUUGCAUUUAAGUCUGGAAGAUUUAAUUGAAUUGGAAAAAAUAUAUAGACUACAAGUAACCUAGAAAUUUCUUCUACAACAGAUGAAGUCUUUGGUUUAUUCAGCCCUAUACAUGAACUAGUUUGUAAGAACUCUCUGCAAUUUCAGAUGGAAGUUCCUUCAUGAUGAAGUUGGGGUUUAAAUAAAUGGAUGCUAUGACCAAUGCUAGCUAUUUCUAACCAUAGUAUAAUUUCACUUUGUAAGUAGGCUUCUACAUUUCUGGAUUAAAGAAUUACAGAAGCUAGUUAUAAAGAAUUUUGCCUUCCUUCAUGUUAUAAAUAGUGUUCAUUCCUAUUAUUUAAAUUGGUGAGAGAUUGUUUUGUGGGGAACACCCUAAGACUUGAUUAAACACAUUUAUGCUUGAUGCUCAUUUUCAAGAGUUCCUGAUUCAACAAGUGAUAUAUGAGUGCAUAUUUAAUGCAGAUCCCUAUCAUUGAUUGGGUGGGGUUAAUAUUAGUUUAAAUUAAACUUUUCUUUCAUCGUCUUAUUAAUCAAAAUGACCAAUUCAGCUGUAGAUAAUCUUGUGUACAAAACACAAGCAUUUAAAUCACCUCCACAUGAAUGUCACAUCUUUUUAUCUACUAUUCAAAAAUGUACAUGAAAAAUAAUGGAUCAGCUUUUCAAACAGAUGCAGGCACCUUAUUUUGAAGUCUGGAUUGUGACAGGCCCAUACAUGUGACUUUCUAGUGCAGGAGUUUUCUUUAACA